ACCUGGUCGCCCCCCCACCCCCUCUCUUACAGCCAUUCAUUCAUCAAUGCUGUUCGGCGGAGGUGGAAAUUUCGUGCGCGCGACUAAAAACAAAAGAAAAUAAAAUAAAAGAAAAGAUAGCUGAGCAGCCAGAGAUAAGAAAACAAAGAUUUCGCGAAUCUGCGAUAAACAAAAACAAAGCAAACAAAUGGGGAAAAAAGCAACAAAAAUGUCGAAACAAAAUUGCAAACGCUCUGCACUGCAAGCCGCAAACAAACAUGCAGAAAAUGCAUCUCAAAGAUACAGGAUACAGUGCAGCAUAAUUACAUUUUUCAAUAAAAAAAAACCUAAAUAUAAAUAUAAAUUUUAAUCUUUAAUCUUUAGUUUAAUUAUCUUGAUGGAAUGUGAUAUCAGAAUCUGAAGAUACUCAAUCUCAAAAAUCUCAGAGCCCAAUCUCAGAGCCCUGAAAGCCCACUGUAGCCCCCGAAUCUUACGUGUGAAAUGAUACUAAACCGUCUAAACGAAUUCUGUUGAUAUUGCAGUAGCCAGUAGCCAAAAUAAGAAAAAAAAAAUUAAAUCAAAUAGCAAGAGAUGUGGCGAAAAGUGAAACGGAACCCCGCCAGGGUCGAAUUCUAUUAGAGACCCCCGCCAACAAGCCAAUCCGAACCGCAUUGAGGAGGCCGCAACCGGGGCCAGACAGCAUUCCGAGCAUCUCACCAUGACAGAAGCCAUCCCUGCAUCCGUCUCCGCCGGCUCUUCAGCUCCUCCUGCUAAGUGGGGCACCGUCACAAGACAGACGCCCCAAAAAUAGAACCCAGUGCGAAAAGUGGAGGAGCAGGGGGCGCGUUGCCAAAAAGGAAUAGCAGGAGGAGGGUGAAGCUAUGUGGCACGGUACCGUUUUGCAAAUGCCGCCGGCUCCGUCAUCAUCGCAAUCCGGCCUGGUGCUGGGCGUCGGCUGUGACCAGCUGAUGGCAGUGCCGCCAGUCUGCUCGGGAGGUGCCUCUUCCAAAAAGCCGUCUCAGGCCGUCGAUUGGGAGAAACAGCCAGAGGCGGUGGCGGUGGCUCCCUCACCCACCUCCCUCAAGUGGCUGCCGCCCUUUUUCAUUGUCCUCGUUUCAAUCUUGGAGAUUGCUGUUUUUGUGUGCGUCUCUGCUGAUCCUCCCGAGGAGUCCCUGCUCGUCUACCGACCUGACCAGCGCCUCCAGCUGUGGCGUUUCUUCAGCUAUGCCCUGCUACAUGCCAGCUGGCUGCACUUGGCCUUCAAUGUGCUCACCCAGCUGCUCUUCGGCCUGCCCCUGGAAUCGGUGCACGGAUCGAUACGAACCGGAGUGAUCUAUAUGGCCGGGGUUCUGGCUGGAUCUCUGGGCACUUCGGUGGUGGAUUCAGAGGUGUACUUGGUGGGGGCCAGUGGUGGGGUCUACGCUCUCCUUGCUGCCCAGUUGGCUAGUGUACUCCUCAAUUUCGGACACAUGCGGAACGGAGUGGUCCAGCUCAUGGCUGUGAUUGUGUUUGUCUUCUGCGAUCUGGGCUAUGCCUUGUACUCCCGGGAGCCGAAGCCCCUUGGACUGCCCCAUCAGACACGCCCCUCUGUCUCCUACAUCGCCCACAUGACCGGGGCUCUGGCCGGGAUCAGUGUGGGCCUGUUGCUGCUCCGCCAACUGGACGGGGGCCUGCGACCCCGACCCCUUCGCUGGUUGGCCCUGGGCGUUUGGUGUUUGUUUAGCACCUUUGGCAUAGCCUUCAACCUGGUCAACACGGUAACAGCUCAGCUCCUAGCCGAGGAGGAGGGCCAGGUCAUACGCCAGCAUCUGAUGCACGACCUGGGAAUGGGAUGAUCUAGGAUUCCAAAGACUGUGUCCCGCUCCAACAUAUCAUUCUCCUAAUGCUUUAGUCUAGUCACUAGCCAGUAAGUCGGACUCUCGCCCAGGACAGUGUGCUCAAAAGGGUAUCAAGUAUCCGUCGGAUAUCCUGGGAUCGCUCAAAGAAUCGUAGCUCAUAGCUCAUAAGCUCCAACAAACAUGUAUCUUAUGCCAAUGCCAAAGGAGUGUAGAGAGGAAGUUUGCUCAAAGGCCUUUCAAGAACUGAGCCUGUCUCACAUCAAAGACUUAGAAUCGGGUUUGGCUAGCUAUCUGAGGGGCUGGGGCUUUCCCAGCUCCAAGUCCAGCUCCAUCAAGUUGCCUACUUAGUUUUAAUGCCAAACCAGAGCUUAAAAGACAAACUAACAUAUUAUGUAACCAAAAUAAAAUAAAAGAAUAC